AUGCACCAACAAGGCUCCGGCCUUUGGGAUCUUAACCUAGGUAGCCUACGCCCAAAAACAUCUUGGUUGCGAGAGGAAGAGGGAAGCCAUGUCGAUGGGGUGCAAGCCCGAGAUUUUUGCUCGGGUUGUUUCAUCAUGACAAUGCAAACCACCAAGGGACAAAACUGCUUCAAAUUCGGCUUGAAUCAUCUCGUUGUUCAAGCGUUUGUCGAGGUUAUCAAGGAGUUUCCAGCAGCAAUCUUCUCUCCCACGCAGCCUCCCAAACACCCACCAUCGAUGUUUGAAUUUCCAUGCUUACGAGUUAACGAGCACCGGGCUUCGACCGAAACUUUUGGCACUGUGGCUGAACAGGAUGCUCGUGCGCUUGCUUUCCUUCCUUCCUCUGCGCAGCUUCAGAGUUCAGACUUCACACCCCCACAGGCCGGUCUCAAAAAGCUUGCACUGGCCACCGGGCCAUGGGCCAGAAUCAAAUCCGGCGUGAUGUUGGAACCCGAUAUUAACCCGCGACCAGGCAUUAUCCGACUGGCUGCCUUAGUUAGCCUCCAGGAGGCAGCGUCCAGCCUUACGCCCAAGAUGCAAAAAGUUCGAGACAGAGGCGACGGAUGUCCCGUUGCCUCGAUAGGCAUUUCUUCAAGUUGUAUGCUACGGGUGUAUAGUACAAAAGGGAAAAGAGUUAUGCCCUACGUUCUGGUGACGAUUUGCUGCGCAUUUGCUGCUUUGGGUUCCUUUCUUUUUGGCUACGACUGCGGUAUCAUCUCGUCGAGUAUUGCCCAGGAUGACUUCGUGCAGAGAUUCAAGGGUCAAUUGAACGACGCCUCUACCGGCGGUAUUGUUUCGUCUUUCACUGGAGGCGCUAUUGUUGGAUCUCUUGGAGUGUCAUACCUAUCCGAUCUCCAUGGUCGACGGAUGGUCAUUUUCGUUGGCGGAAUCCUGGGCACUCUAGGAGCUUGUCUCCAAGGCGCAGCGUCUACAAUUGCAAUGUUAAUUGUAGGGCGCUUUACCGCCGGAGUAGCCGUUGGGAUAAUGUCUGCUACCAUCCCUGUUUAUUGCUCCGAAAUCGCUCCUCCUAGCAUUCGAGGGUUGCUCGGUGGCAUGCAACAGUGGAUGAUUGGAUGGGGCUUCUUCAUUGCGCAAUGGGUUGGCUUCGGCAGCUCCCAUGCGAGCGCGGAUAUGACACCCUCGUCCGAUUACACUCAACCCGCGCACAUUCCAAUACCUCACUCAUCCAGCAGGAGUAUAAACAAAUAUGCGACACCAUCUCCAUCGAACAGCGCGAAUCCUCGAAAUCCUGGCGCGACAUCCUUCUCAAAAACCCAAGUUGGCGCCGCCGCAUCCUCCUCGCAGCCGGAAUCCAGGCCUUCACCCAAUGCUCUGGUGUCAAUGUAA